AUGAUGCAUACCCUUGUAUCGACUUCUACAGCAUUUCAGAUCGACCUAACUAUCCCUUCUCCCGACCCUUCGACAAAUCCAUCCGAGUUUAGUACUCGGCUGAUGCUAGUCAGUCCGCCACUCCCACUGGACAAGGAUAGUACACAUCAGGAGGAUGAAUCGUUUACAUCGCCAUUUCUGCUUGCAGCAGACGCCCUUACCUCAAUCUCUGGGAGCCAGACGAGCUUUACAGGUGACGUCGGCGCCAUCCCGAACAGCGGAUAUGCCAUCAACGCCGAGGGUACUGCGGGCGGAUCUAUUCACUCAAACGACGGAUUUGCCGUCCCUGGCCACGCCGCUGUGACCAGCGGGUCUACCACACCUCUUACGAGCCCGCCGCCGCCGACAAGUACUUCGAUUUUUCCUUCGACGAGUACCUCGACUGCUACCGUUACAGCCCCGACCCAGUCAGAGGAAUCACGACCUCACAAGUUGAAUACCGGUGGUCUCGCCGGUGGCAUAGCGGGUGGCGUGCUUCUCAUAGUUGUGGUCGCCACCUUUGUCUUGUGUAUUUUGAAGCGAAGGAACAAAAAAUUGGAAUAUAACCUUGUGCAUACAGGUCCAACCCCGUAUUUUUAUAUGAUACCAUCUUCCGGUUCCGACGCAUUUUACAUGGAUAUCACGGAACGAAAAACUCAGAUGUUCAGCCAAAGAGAACACCUCAAACGUGAGUUAGAGGUAUAUGAGCAAGUGUCCCAAGAUUCGAACUCGAGAAAUGAGGACAGUCCCGAUGGUAUCAAUGGAUCAAAUCAGCAAGAUGACGUUGUACAAGUAACUCGUCGUCAGAUGGAAGUUUUAACUCGGAGAAUAGCGGCUUUGGAGGCAGUCACGAUGGCACCUCCCGAUUACAGCUCCCAUAUGAGCUGA